AUGCAAGAGUCCGAGAAUGCAAACUAUCAGGCGGACGACGAAAGGAGUUUAACAACAUCCUGCGACGACGACGAAGGGGAGGAGGAGGAGGAAGAAGAGGAAGUUGUCGAUGAUGAUGGCGAUGGGGAAGAGGAUGAGUACGAUUAUGCUCUGGAGGAGGAAGAUUUCGAUGAGGAAACUCUGCAAGAUCUCUUCGACAAGAACACAAAGUCGUUCAUGUGUUUGGCUCAGAUCCUGAUCUCGCGCAGUUCACUCUUGAGGCACAUCCUGUAUCAUUUCCCGCCGCUCGUCGAUCCCGGCAUAGAUGAAGCCUUCAAUUACGUGGAACCGGAGCCCACGUACGACGACAUCGGGUGCGAAAAGUACAGGAACCUGUGCAUCGAAAUCAACAUAGUGCCCAUAACGCGCGUCCUCAGAUCGCUUCCGACGGACACGCUGAACCUCAAGUACUACGGAUUGUCUUUCAAUCAGACGAAAGCCAUCUGCUCGACGAUGAUGAUCAACAAUCGCGUGGAGCACAUGAUCUUGGAAGACAACUGGAUGACGCCGGACGCCGUCUUCUGGAUCGGGGAAAUGCUGAGGGAGAAUAACAAAGUGAAGAUAUUGAAUAUGCGAGAAUGCCGGAUCGGACCAGAAGGUAUUUACAACAUCAUGGAGGGAUUGAGUCUGAAUCAGUGUCUGCGCGAAUUAGAUCUGAGUUUCAACAGUCUAGGCGAUGAGGGCGUUCUGAAUUUGCUGGAGGCGAUGAAGGAGAAUCAGCUGAUACAGAAGCUGAAUCUGAGCCACAAUAAUUUGGGUGUUGGAACUGGGAAGAAUCUGGGCAAAUAUUUAGCGUCGAACACGACCAUGGAUUUCCUGGAUCUAUCCUGGAACGAUCUGUACCCCGUUGCAGGUGAGUACAAUUACAAUUACAGGAUGUACGUGUAUUUCUUCAAAGGCAAGACGAACUUGCUUUCUAUUUCUCAAAGCUUUGAAGCCACUCUGCUUGGGUUUAUCGGAAAACACGUCCAUCAAGUAUCUGAAUUUGGCGUGGAACGCUAUCGGCAUUCCGGAUGCCGUCGUCGAAAUCCUCCGAUACUUGAAAGCCACCACCGUCUUGGAGCAUCUGGACUUGAGCAACAACAGGUCCGUUGUUGCGAAACGGACUCGCAACAGGACGGGUCGCAAUAGUAAAGAUCGUUUGGUUCG